UCCUACACCCGCAAGGUGAAACUAGUACUAUACAUAGUCACGCCGACGCCCCAGAUAAGCCUACCCACACCUGUCGAGAGCCUGCCACCAGCUUCAGCAUGACAGACGAAAAAGUUUCCGGUACACUUUUGCAUUAUGGGGAUUUCAUCGUCAUCGUUGUCUAUUUUGUCUUUAUUCUUUUUGUUGGAUUAUGGACCUCCAGGCAGAACCGUGGCAGUGCUGGAGGGUAUUUCCUGGCCGGACGUAAUAUGCACUUCGUCCUGGUCGGGGCGUCCCUCUUCGCCAGUAAUAUAGGGAGCAUACAUUUUGUGGGACUGGCAGGCUCCGGGGCAGCUUCGGGCAUCGCUAUUGGUCUGUAUGAACUCAAUGCUCUGUACAUCAUGUUACUACUCGGGUAUGUCUUCCUACCAGUGUACAUAGCUUCCGGUGUUUAUACAAUGCCGGAAUACCUCAAGUGCAGGUUUGGUGGACAAAGAAUACAAAUAUCUCUUGCAGUUCUUGCCUUACUGGUGUAUAUAUUCACCAAAAUAUCAGCUGACCUGUAUGCUGGCGCCAUCUUUAUCGAACAGUCACUGAAAUGGGACAUCUAUUGGUCCAUCAUGCUCCUGUUGGGCGUGGCAGCAAUAUUUACAAUCACGGGAGGACUGACGGCUGUAAUAUGGACAGACUUCGUACAAACGAUCAUCAUGAUCAUAGGAGCGACGACCCUGAUGAUCCUUAGUUUUGUGGAGGUCGGUGGAUUCAACGGUAUGGUCGAAAAAUAUCCAUAUGCUGUAGCUAACAAUACACAAAACAACAAUUCGACGUGUGGAAAACCUCGUGACGAUUACAUGCACUUGUUCCGUAGCCCGACCACCGGGGAUCUACCCUGGCCCGGAGUAAUCGGCCUGUCAAUCAACUCCAUAUGGUACUGGUGCUCUGAUCAGGUAAUUGUACAAAGAGCGCUGGCUGCCAAGUCAUUUGACCACGCCAAGGCCGGGACCAUAUUAUGUGGGUUUCUGAAGGUGCUGCCCCUGUUUCUAUUUGUAUUCCCUGGGAUGAUUGCUCGAAUCCUUUUUCCAGACACGGUUGCCUGCUCUGAUGCCGAAACUUGUAUGGAAGUAUGUGGAAGUACAACAGGCUGUAGUAACAUAGCUUACCCAUCACUCGUCAUAAACCUAAUGCCCCCAGGAGCUCGUGGAAUGAUGUUAGCUGUGAUGUUAGCUGGACUGAUGUCCUCACUCACCUCCAUCUUUAACAGUAGCAGUACUAUCUUCGCAAUGGACGUGUGGACCAAGAUCAGAAAGUCGGCAUCAGAGCUCGAGAUCAUGAUCGUUGGCAGAGUGUCUGUACUGCUGCUCGUGGUUAUUAGUAUCAUAUGGGUGCCUGUGAUACGGGCGUCCGAGGGGAGUGAACUCUUUGUGUACAUACAAGAGGUAUCCAGCUUUACUCAGCCACCAAUCUGCUGCAUCUUCCUGCUUGGUCUCUUCUGGCCACGUCUUAACGAGAAGGGUGCGUUUUAUGGUCUCCUUGUGGGCAUGGCGAUGGGAAUGAUACGGUUUAUCGUACAAUACUCGUACACCACGCCAAAGUGUGGUGACCCUGGACCGGAUCCCCGGCCUGGUGUCAUCAAAGAUUUCCACUACCUCUACUUCUCCUGUUUCCUGUUCAUCCUCACUGGCUUAACAGCCAUUAUCAUCAGUUCUCUCACCAAACCAUUACCCAGUCAGUGUCUUUACCGACUAACGUUCUGGUCGAGACACAGCAAAAAGGAGCGUUUAGAUAUUGCCGAAUGGGAAAGGCAAGAGAGACGUAAGGACAAACAUCCUAACGACGAAGAUGAGACCAGUUUCGAGACCGAGUCACUAGAUAACAUAGAAAAGAAGAAGACGCAAAACGAAACGAACAAUGACGAGUCACACAAACUUGAAGACGAGUCACAUAAACUGAAUGACGAGCCACAUAAUCUGAAUGACGAGUCACACAAACUUGAUGAGGAGUCAUGUAAACUUAAUGGGGUGGUACACAUCCAGGAGGAGGCGAAUCAUAACAUCAACGGGAAUGGUGCCCUUGGGUGCGCCGGCUGUCUACGUCACAUUGUGAAUUGGGUAUGUGGAACUGAUCGUAACAUUGAGAUGCUGUCGUCCCAUCAGAUGAGGCGUAUCGGUAGGCUCUCUGUAGAGGAAAAUCGCCGGUGGAAAAUAACGUCCAACGUUUUAUCAGUCAUCUUAAUGGCGGCCGUAUUGGUCUUCUUCAUCUACUUCGCUUAAAUAAAUUAAAUAUUUUUAUCACUAAUAAUGCCACAGUCGCACAGCUAAAUGUUUGAAUUCCAAAGAGAUUAGAAAGCAGCAAUGUUGUGUACAGGAAAAUUAGAUAUAUGUUGUGUACAGGAAAGAAGAUAUAUUUUGUAUGUAGAUAGAUAAACAUAGGAUGCCAGAAUUUGAAGUGAGGAAGUUCCAUAGUUUCUGUCUUUGUCUUGUCACAAAACCACUGUCCAUUGGAGUAUAUUGAAUGAUCUUAUAUUUUUGUGGUAGCUUCUUUGUGUUCUGGAAAUUGUGUGUACUAUUAGCCAUACAGACCCGUUCUAAAUAAAGUCUAGUCUUCGUCUGACAUAGCUGCCUUGAAUGCGUGUUUUCGUGUUACAUUUCAAAUGAUUCCAAAAGGAGAAAUUGUUUGGCCAUUUUGAAAAAAUAAAUAAGUAAUUAAUUAAAAAAGAAAUAACAAAACCCAAAAACAAAAACGCAUUGUUAUUAUGCAGUCACUGUCGUAUGGAGGUCUAUAAAUCCGUUGCCCUGUCCAAAGCCAGUGCAUUUUGUAAUCUCGCACACAAUUUUAAAACAGACACCGACUUGAUCGGUCUGCUAAUUGUCCAUUCGAGUCGCUCAAGAUUUGUACCGAUAUAUAAUUUAGAUCAAUGACGCAAAGGGCAAUCAAUCACAAGACAAGAUACCUGGUAUAUCAGUAUACCGUUUGUAUAUAUGGGGUUGAUCGCCCCAUGAACAGUCGGGGUCAUUUUGAGACGGGGUCUCCUUGUAGAAGUCGGUGACUAGCUCAACUGACCAACAUACAGGAAGCCCGUCGUAUGCCAUCUAAGAGCAAUUUGGGUAAAGUGUUUUACCCAAGGGCCCACCCACUAUAGCACAGAACGACCCACUUCUCCGAUUCCCGUGAAAUACAAACCGACACGGGUAGGGAGCGUCGAGCCACACACAUUGAAUCUUCACAUGAGAUGAAGUGGCCGUCUCUCUAACCGACUUAGCCCCAUCCAUGUACUUUAUCCAGUCGUUAGAAUUAACCUUAAUGAGAAUUUUAAUAGAGUACGACUCGUACUUACAUGGAGUUGUUUCUCACUAUUACAGAAAACACUCCGGCUCCUGGUACUGUAACCGGAGCGGAGCUGGCUCCUUUGGUCAUUUAGACCAGUGUCUAGACAGAACAUAUCUAUUGUAAUUAAUACAUUGUAAUUAACUCAGGUCUACAUAUUAAUUAGGGUGCGAUAUAUCAAUUAAUGCUGAAUCACUUUACGCCUGGAGUGAUAGUUUAUAUUACUCUGAGAUUGUAUAUAUAUUUAUGUUUAUUGUUGAUAUCACAUGUUGUGCCUUUAAAAUUUGAAAAUAUAUAAUACUAAUUUU